AUGACUAAUGUAAAGGAUGAAAAGGAGAGCAGAAUCGGUACACAUUUAAAGUCGAUGGUUCAAGCGCCGCCAGGAUACUGUAUUGUAGGGGCCGAUGUUGAUUCCCAAGAACAAUGGUUAGCCGCCAUAAUGGGUGAUGCAAGUGAUGCGGCUGGGCUUGAUGAAAACGAGCGUCGACCCGGUCGAACACCUUUCUCGAAUAUGGCUCUAGCUGGACAUCGAUCGGACAACAGCGAUUUGCAUUCAGUUAUUGCAAAUGAUUUGAAGAUUAAACGAGACACGGCAAAGAUCCUCAACUAUGCUCGCUUGUAUGGAGCCGGGAUCACGAAUGCUAAAAACACACUAAUUUCGACCGAAAAGUACUUCAUUGGGGGAUAUGAGUCGUCAACCUUCAAUUAUCUCGUUUGGUCGGCUAGACAGGGUCAAAUGUGCACUCCAGUUUUAAAAUGUAUUCUUGGCUCCGGUCUCUCGAUUCCACAAAAUUGUACAGGCACCGAAAAACAACUAUUUCUCGACACUUUCAUGAGAAGUCGAAUGAAUUGGGUUGUACAAUCGUCGGCUGUUGACUUUUUGCAUCUUUUGCUUUUGAGCAUGGAUUGGUUGUGCACCGAGUACGAUAUUGGUUGUCGAUUCAUGAUUUCUAUUCACGAUGAGGUUCGAUACUUGUGCAAAGACGAAGAUGUUGGCCGAUGUGCGCUGGCAUUAAUGUGGAGUAAUGCCUACACUGUGCAUUGCCAAUCGACAAAACGAGCUUGUGAUUUACGUGAUGGAUGCUAUAGAAAGGGUACGGAAGAUCGGCUAAAU